AUGACUAAUCCAGAGUAUGAGCGUGUACUGCUGUUUUCAGAAGUUGAACCAGAGGAAGACCCUUCUGAACAUGUAUCCAUACAAGAGGCAGAGGAAAGGAGAGCAAAUAACGAAGGUUCUGAAUCUGCAGUUGAAUUCAUCUCCAAUGGGGACCAAGAUGGUGGUCUCAAAUUGAGCGAUAUCGGUGAUGGAAUGUCUUUAAUAAUGGAAGUUAAAGAGGAAGUAGAAGACCAAGGAUAUGAAGUUAUCAACCAGUGGGAUGAUGCUACAAUACCAGAUUUCCAAAAGGAUGAAAGUUCAGCAUCGGAAACACUAGAUAUUUGUAACUUGAAUUGCUUUGACAUAAAAAAAGAGGAUGACAUUGACAGUAUUGAGGGAGAACAGCCUAUCAGUGACUGCUACUAUGAAUUUCCACUCAAAAUACGAAAUUCCUCAAACCUUGAGAAAUUUCUACUACAUAAAUUUAAGUUUUGGGUUUUUCAUUGUCCACUAUGCAGUUCCCAACAAGUGUUUUUACAUAAAUUCUGGUUACAAAAACAUCUGCAGGAACCUUUUCACAAAGAGGCAGAUAAGAUCUCCCCAGAAGCUCAGGAUCUUUUGCAAGACUUACUAAAGUCAAAAGAAAACUUUUGUCCUGUUGAGACUUGUCAGAUACCUGUCAAGGGAAGCAUGGAAGACUUUUGUAAACACCUAAUUCUUGAACAUAUUGAUACCUUUGUUUCUUUAAGGAAAUUAUGCCAAAUUAAUGUUUUUUGUCAGCAGAAUGAAACAGCUGAUGAGGAUAAAUACAGCCUGACAGUUCAACUAAAAGGCAAAUGGCAUACGUUCUACCGCACGAAAGCAUCUUCAGAAAUACAAACAUCCAUAAAAGAGGAUUCUAUAGACAUGUUUCCAGUUUCUAACCAAGUUAAUGUGUCUAAAAUGAAAAUGACCGUGAAAGUGUCUUCUAAAAAGAUUCCAGUGUCAAUAAAGCCAAAGCCAUCUUCGUCUUUCACAUCUCGGUCAUCUCCCACAAUGCAGUCAUCACCCAAAGAUAGUUCAAAAUUCUGCUUUAAUGAUACGAACUACUAUAAAUGUCCAAUAUGCCCAUCACUGACUGUUUUCUUUGAUGUGUUAAUGUUGAAAAACCAUAUGAUCAAAAGGAGCCAUCCAUUGAGUUCUGUCUGCCGAGUUCUGAAGCAGAUUGGAAUCCAGCAUCCCACUCAUACAUGUCCAGUGAUUACUUGCAACGAAGAUUUUGGACAAUCACAAAAGAAACAACUUAAGCACAUAAUGACUGAGCAUCCAGAAAAGUAUGACACUCUGUCAAAAUUGAUGGAUGGUUGUUAUCAAAAUUUCCAAAGUAUUGCUGGAGUUGAAGGUUUGAGGAGUCUUGGAAUACCUCAGCCACAGACCAUAAGUUUCACAUAUAGAGUCAGUGGCAGACAGCUGCCAACAUUAAAACCAAAAAUUCCGUCAUGUACCUCUAGCUAUCAAAACGAAAUUGUUGUUGAUCAAUGUCAACAGCAGUCUACAUCUGCCUUGAUCGGUUCUCAUCCUACAACAAGUGCGUCUCUCCUUCAAAGACCUGCAAUAUUCACAUCGAUACAGUCACCAGUGAAAACACCCACAAAUCUGCCCAUGUUUCCAAGUUCACAGACAGUCAGACAGAUUUUGAAUUCUAAGAUGGUGAUCCAGAAAGGAGGCACACUAAAUUCAGUUGGUGCAUUAUCGCCAGGAGAAUUGACAAACUCUGCUUUGCCAGACUCUGGUCCACAAGAAGAUCAGCAAACCAACAACCAACAAACAUCAACAUUGAAGGUUCAAUCUGCUAGAAGUCUUAGUAAGCCACGACCUUUGUGUUUUAAGUGUGGUCUCAAUGCAUUGAGUAAUAUUGGCCUUAUCAGUCACCUGUUCAAUGACCAUUGCAACUUGGUCUGUAAAAUUUGCUCUUUUACUGCUGAACCACUUAGAAUUAGUGAAGACAUUCUAAUCCAUAUGAAAGAUGUCCAUGAUAUUGAUUCCUAUGAACUUGAACAGAAUGUCUGUCAAAGUCUUAAGGAUCUCAGUCAAACUAUUGGAGUCUCUCAGCUGGAUGGGUUAAGCUGCAUCACCCAAAAGAAAUUCAUUCUAGAUGAACUUGUGGUGCAUUAUGCUCUUGUCGAAGCAGCCUUUCAUCAAAACAUGUUCCAAGAUGAUCUUAUUGUAAGGCAAGUGAAAAAGGAAGGUGAUGAGGUUUGGAUUGAGAUCCUUGUUGGUGAGAAACCUCUAAGAGAGUUUUCAUCAUCUGUGAAUCAAUCUCUUGAAGGUACAUUACAACAAAGAAAAUCUGAGGAUGUUUCAAAGGCAACACUUGAUGUCAAUACUAGUCCAGAAAGAAACAGUAGAGAUUUGGUAACAACAUUAGAUGAAGAAAUAGAACAGGUGAAAGAUGUUACAUUUGUGAAGAAUAAGGAGUACUCUUCAAGCAGUGCAUCUGUGGAGAAUGAUACUGCCAAACCAACAAGUAAUGCUGAUACUCAACUGCCUUCAAGCAGUGAUUCCUCUGCAGUUCAAAUAAAAUUCAGGCAAUCUAUUUUUCUAAGAAAGGCCAAUACUGUACAGGAUCCAGAUACUGAUGAUAGUUUGUCCAACCAAGACUCCACACAGGUGCCUAUAGGUAGAAUGGCAAACUUAGAACAAGUGAGCCCAAGUUCAGGAUACAACAGUCCAAUUAAACUAUGGCUGAUUAAAGAAUCCAUCAAAGAAAUCAGGCUGGAAAGGUUUCCAUUUGCUAAUUCUUUGCAUUGUCUUCGAUGUCAUAUUAAUGUUAGUACAAAUCGAGGUUUUAUAUUGCAUAUUUUCGCAUGUCACAGUAUCGAUGUCUGUAAAUUCUGCUUUUUUGACCUCUCAAAAGCCUGUGCCAAACGAAUAAAGCGCCACCUAUUAUCACAUUCUGAGUACAGUCGAAAGCAGCCGAUAGAGGAUUUUCUGACAUUGAGUUGUCCUGAGUUUAUGCAGCUUCUGGGCAUUCCAUCUUUAGACCAGUUGUGCAAUAUCACACGUGAUCGAAUAAUUUUUACUUUUAGAGUAGUUUGGUAUAGAAUGGCACAAGUACCCUACGAAUCAGAUGGAAAAACCAUCAUGCAAAAAAAUCUGACAGUUAAUUCAUCUCCAAAGGCAGGUACUCCAGAUCUAAUUGUCUUCUUCAGGAACAAACAUGGUACAGUGAUACAAGUUGACAAUGCUAAGGAAAGCCACUCUGAAGCAAAUGGAACUAAGCCAUUCCGCCCCGAAAGGAGUUCACGAUUUCCGUACUAUGUAGCGCUUCAAACAAGAAAACCCAGUAAAACACCUGUAUCUGUAGCUACACCUGGUCCUGAAACACAAGUAAACGAAAACUGUGCAUCUGGUGCCCCUGAUGCUAUGUCCAGUAGCAGCAUGAUAGAGCUGGAAACAACAAAGGAGUUUGUAGAAGGAAAGGACUUUACGAUUGUCCUCCAGGGCAAUGAUCGUGUCUUCAAAUGUUUGAAAUGCACCCGAGCUUACUGGAAUAAAUGCAAAAUGCGAAGACAUCUUAAAGUCCACUUGAACAUCAGAAACUAUCAAUGCCAUCUCUGUCAAAAGUCUUUCCAUUAUAAUUACCAUCUGAAAGCUCAUAUGAACAUUCAUAAUAACUCCCGUCCAUACAAGUGCACCAAGUGUUCAAAAAGUUACAACAACUCAGGUUCUUUGAGUUGGCAUGUGAGACAGUGUCAUGGACUCUGUAAUUUCUCCAAAAAUAAAGUUAAUAAAAUUCAGUGUCAGGUGUGUUUCAUACAAGUACGUCAGGAGCUCUACCAUGAGCAUCUAAGAGAAAGACAUGGUGUCUCAGUCGCAUACCAGUACAACAAAUCUGAAGGAGAUGAAAUAAUUACUGAUACAGACUUGACGGUUAAAAGUGAAAUAACUAAUAGUGAACAGGACACUGAAGAUGAAUUUCCAUGGAGAGGAGAAUUGAUAGUUGAUGAAGGAGAUGGUGAUGAUGAACCAGACACUUACGACCUUGCUCCUGCAACAGCGCAGAACGUCUUCUCAUUGGACGAUAAUAGAAAAGACAUCAAUAAUAGCUCCCAGAAAUACAACAGACAGGAGGUUUAUCAGUGCACAUUCUGCCAUAUUGUUUACCACAGCCUGCCAGAAUUCUCGAUGCAUAAUUGUCAGGAGAGGCCAAACAAGGUACAGGAACGGACAGCUGUUUCUAAGAAAUUACUGCAGAACUACACUGAAACGUACACUUGCUCUAAUUGUAAACAAACCUCAUCAGUACUUGAGACGUUUAUAGCAUCCUCUCAUCCAUGCGCCCUCAAGUAUGUAAACAACUUUACAUGUGAGAAGACUUACACAUGCAAACAAUGUCAACUGAUAUUCACUGAUUUAGAUGGAGUACAAAAGCAUGUCUGUAAGAAUGCUGAAAAACAAGAGGUUGAAUCAGAGGACAUACCGGAGCCAGAACCAAACGAACCAGAUUCUGAGACAAAUCAGCAAGAAAAACAGUCUAUUUCAUCUGCAGACUUGCACUGCCCGGUAUGUAAUGGUAUUUACAGUAUAACUGAACUGCCUUAUCAUUUGUCAUCGAAGCAUCAUUUGAACAAAAAGGUCGUUUUUGAAUUAAUGCAGCAAAAUGCUUUGGCAAUGCAAAGAUCUGCCAUGUUGAAUAUUCAAAAAAGUUAGAAAAAAAAAUUGUAAAAUUCAUUGUGGUCACAUUACUUUGCUGCAAAAUUAUGUUGUUGAUUUAGUCAUAUUUACUAUGUCUUGUCUAGAGGAGUGUGAUCGUUUGUCAGUGUUUAUGUAUUGUAUUUUGUGUACAUUGUUGUUUAUUCUGUGUUUUAAGGUUUAGUGUUUUGAAAAAAUAAAGAUAAAUAAAAAAAUAAGUUUCCUUAAAAAUAUAUGCCACAUUAAUACACAUUUUGUUUGUUUGGUUAAAACAUUCUAUAAUAAAACCAGACCUACAAGAUGUUGUUAAACCUUUAUAAUAUAUAUAUAUAAACAGGUUCAUUUUUAUAUAUAAUUGCUUGUUUUGAUUGUACCAGGUUUAUGAAAUCAUUGUCUAUAAACUAAUAAUAUAGUCAACUUGGUUUCAAACAUUUGGUGAGUAUACAAACCGAUGAAGUGGGCAGAUUAUUUUAAAAUUUUAUGCACCACCAGAGAAAAUAAUGCAUGACAUACUCUAUAUACUCUGUUAUAAGUCGAAGAUUGGAUUGGAUUGGAUCUUUGUGUCUUAAACUUACUAUAUAGUAGAGCAUUGUACAACUUCUAGCAGACAGAAUCAUGAUAAGUUUAAAACAAACUUACAGGUCAGAUCUGAUACUGUAUAUCAUUAUCUGUUGACUCUGACAGACACAAAUGUGAUAAUAUAUGCCCAGCUUUAAUCUAUUCCAAUGGUCUGAAAUGUGUUCUGGCAUAGUUUUGAUUCAAAAUAUUUUUUAUUUUUCAAUUUUGAACUUUCAGCAUAUGCUUGUAUUUAGAUAUAUUUGCAACAUUCCACAAAUUUUUAAAUAUGAAUUGUAUAUAUAUACUCAUUUUACCUAUUGGUGUAUUUGCUAAUAAGAUUACUAACAAAAGAUUUUAAAAUGUUCAAUACUAAAAACUUGCAAAAUAAUGAGAGAAAAGACAGUUGUGGAAAUAAUAAUGUUAUGAUUAUCAUAGUUAUUAUAAUGGCAGUAAUGUUGUUAAGUGAUUGAUAUUUUUUAUAUAAAAUUAGACUCUUAGUAAAAAAGAACAAUUAGUACAGUAAUUAUAUAACUACCAGUACUAUAUAUAUUGUUGUAGUGAAUUGUGGAAGGUGAUUGCUUGAUUAUUAAGAUCCGAAAAGGUGGGAAGGGUAGCUGAGCAAUUAGUCGACUCCUCCAUUUUUGGUAGGAAUAUUGUUGAAAAUAAUUUGCAAAUUGCUCUACAAACUGUAAAGUAAUAUUACAAGAUUACUUUUAUUGAUGCCAUGAGUCUAUAGUGUGAAAAAUAGUAACCAGUGGUUUUAAAAUAUGUGUAAGUAAAUUUUAUUUACAAUUCUCCAACAAGCCAUUGUAUAUUUAGCAUUUUCUAUUAAUGUUGUUACAUAUUUUACUAAUUCAUACAAAAAUAAUUUUCUAUGGAAUUUUACUUCUUUGAAAAGUUAGAUUCAAAAUUAAUUUUUUCAUUAGAACAAUUAUUGGAGUAAAUUGAUAUGAUACUUCUAUGACUUUUUCUUUAAAAAGUUUAAAAUGUUUUGAUGAAAUACAGGGACAGCCUUCUGGCAAUUAUAGUAAUGUUUCUGUGAUUUUUUUAAAUUUAUCUUGAUAUGCAUACAUAUAGAUUUUGUUAUUGUGAUUAAUUUACAUUAAAUGUUAUAAAAUUUAAAUAAAAGUAAGCACAAUUGCAUUACCUAGUUUUUUCCACUAAAUAUACAUUUCCUAGUGUAAAUAUGCUUCUAGGGUUAUACCACAUUCAAAUGUGAGUAGACAUUAUUUUUCCAAUGUGUAUAUUAAGCAGAAUAGAAUUUGUAAAUUUUGAUUGAAUUUCAAUAAUGAUGGUGAAAUAAAUGUUCAGGUUUGUAAAGAA